UUACCCCGCCCCCUCUUGCCCUUUGCUUCCUCUCAAGAGGUUGUCCAAUUCAGCUUUGCCCUAGAAGUGGGAUCCGCCUCUACCCCUGGACCUCUGGAAGCAAAGCCAGCACGUCUCCUUUUCAGACCUGGAGACCACCAGCUGUUAUCUGACUGGCCUAUACAUUCACCAAAUAAAAAUUUAGCACUUUUAACCUCGAGAUGUCCCGUGCCCUCUCCUAACCCGAGACGGAGUGGACUGAGACCCUGAGCGAAUUGCCAGGCGGAGCAGAGAUCUUCCAGGAGAACCUUCUAGGCUUGAGGAAGAUCUAAGGGCACCCGGAUCUGAAACGUGUGCGAGAAUCUCCCAAGAUGCCCAUCGUGGUGGCAGACAUCAUGAAGCUAUUGUGCUCUAUCUCUGAGGAAAGGAAGAUGAAGGCAGCUGUCAAGCACUCUGGGAGGGGCGCCCUCGUCACAGGGGCUGUGGCCUUUGUUGGUGGUUUGGUGGGUGGCCCACCAGGACUAGCUGUUGGGGGGGCUGUUGGAGGUCUAUUAGGUGCCUGGAUGACGAGUGGACAGUUUAAGCCAAUUCCACAGAUCUUAAUAGAGCUGCCUCCCGCUGAGCAGCAGAAGCUCUUUAAUGAAGCCACUGCCAUUGUCAGGCACUUGGAUUGGACAGACGCUGUGCAACUGACUACUCUGGUUAUGGGCAGUGAGGCCCUGAAGCAGCAGCUAAUGGCGCUGCUGGUGAACUAUGUCACCAAAGAGCUGCGGGCUGAAAUUCAGUACGAUGACUAGGCUGCUCCUCCUAGGAAGUGGAGGUUAUGCUUCAAUGACUCUGUGACUCUCCAAAGGUAACUGAGGAGUCUGGGGGAAGCCCAGUGAAUCCCCCUGAGAAGUCUGCACAUCAUCAGUGAAUUACCUCACACUGGAGUGGAGGGUCCUGCUGCAUAGGCCACCACCGUACCAGUCAUGGCCAGCAGUUAUUUAUGAAGAAGUCGUGUUUCACGCUCAUGUGUGUUGAUGUGCACUGGCAGCACUUCUUAACUGUGAAACUGGAGCAAGCAAAGGCUUAGCACUGCAGGCCUCGGCUUUCGGGAGUCUGGAAGAGGUUAUUGUGUUCAGCUAAUUUGCUAAGUAUACUUCCUUCUCCUCAUCUUGUGAAAAUGGCUUCUCUUCCAGAUGCCUGUUGCAGGACUGGGCCCAGGAUUCAGGGUCUCACUCAGAGCUGGUCUAUGCCACAGUCAUGUUUACCUCAUGGGUACACCCCUUUCUGCCUAGUGACUUCUCAGUGGCCUCAUAGGGGCGGCUGGUGUUGAGUGAAGCCUCAAAUGCCAAGCAGGCGUUCUCCCACUAGCUGCACACCUCGCUCUCCUCUCCCUAGGAUCUUGUUUCCCAUCUGAAAACUUAUGGUAGUUCUCGAGUUAAGCAUUUUAAGUGAAAUAUAUUCAGUACAAAGUAUUGCUCUGAGAUAGUGGGCUCCUAACUCAUCUGUAACCAAUGUUCCCACCCUAAAGAUUCCCCUAAUAUUGUAUUCACUUUUCCUUCAGAAAUACUUGACAAAUUACAGUGAAUUUUUUUUUCUGAAAAGUCAUUUUCCUUUGCAUUUUGUAUAAAGCAUCACUAGCAUUUGAAAGCUUAUACCUGGAACAAAAGUGAAGGUUUCGGAUUUUGAAGGAUGAAAGAAAGCUCCCCCAGUUUGGAUGCCUGAGGCUAGCCUUCCCAGCCAGCUUUGGCCCCAGCAUGUGCUGCCAGUGUGCAUGCAUAUCCCCAGCCUCCUCUAGCAACCUCAGAAUGUCCCUUCUGUGCUCAGGCCGUGGGGGUAGGGCAGUGGUGGCAUGGGGCUUUCUCCAUGCACUAAGCACAGGCUCCCUGGGCUGCAGUGGAAGCCACUUCUGCUGAAGGCAAGUUUAGAGGAGAGCUUGGUAUCUCAGAACCUUGGUGUGUGUAAAGUAAACUUCAGGGUGAAUUAUAACCCAUGAGAUAAAGGAUGGCGCCUUUAUCUCAGAGAACUUGCUCUUCAGUUGGCCUUCUAGCCCAAACCAAGUGCCCAGGUACAGGCCAUACUCCUGGAGUGAAUGAAGCCACUUUGAUCCUUUGUAUCUUUCUUGAGUUGAAGAGGGAACAGGACAGGAGUUUUCUGUCUGUAAAAACUCAGUGUGACCCUUCUUAUUGAUCUAACCAUUUCUGUCCUCCAGAUAAAUAAGUCUCUCAUAUGGUCUCUUGAACUGAAAAUGUAAAACAGGGAAUCCCCAAGCUCUCAUUUUUGAUAGCUUUAGUGGGCUCUAAAGUUGCCCUCUUUUUGGUGUAAAGGUGUAGACAUUGAUUUAGAGAUGUAUGAGAAUGAAACCAGAAUAAAGAUUUUUUUGGUUCAUUG